AGAAGAGGAAUGGCGCACGGAGGCUACGGCAAGCGCCGAGUAGCCCAGCGGCAGCAACAAGCCGGCCGCCGCCGACCAAAGUCCCUCGCCGUCGAUAAGAAAACGAAACCUAAAUCCGUCUCCCUCAAAAACCAAGUUCGUUCCAUUGAACGCAUGCUCCGCAAAGAUCUCCCACCAGAAGUUAAAGAAGCCCAAGAAAAGAAGUUGGAUGGACUCAAGAAACAACAAGAGAAUCUCAAUCGUCUGGCUGUGGAACGUAAAAUAUUCCUCCGCAACAGGAAGAUCAAGUUUUUUGAGAGAAGAAAGAUCGAGAGGAGGGUAAGGCGAUUGGAAAAGCAGCAGCGCGGUUUGUCUGGUCAACCCCAGGAAGCGGAGCUUGCUAAGCAACUUUCUAAAUUGAAAGAAGAUCUUGAAUAUGUCCGUUUCUUUCCCAAGACUGAGAAUUAUGUACCUCUGUUUAUGGGAGGGGAAGAUGAGGAAAUUGUUGAAAAAAGAAAUAGACUACGUAAAGUGAUAAAGGACAAUCUAAUUGCGGCGGCAGCAAGUGGCAAGGAUUUGGAAGAGACAGGUAGUGAGGACGAUGGGCUUCUAGAUCCAAGUGAGGAUGAUUUCUUUUUGUCUGGAAGCUCAAGUGAUGAUGCUGAUGCAGAUGAUGAAUGGACAGAUAAAAGUAACAGGGAACAAGCUUCUAGUGCCUCUGGGAUAGCAGCAUCUGGCAUGUCUAGUGAUGAAAGGAAUCAGAGACAGAUUUCUGCUCGUGCUUUGAUGCCUCCACCUAGGCCAUCAAAGAAAUCAUUUUCUGGGUCAUCAAAUGACAGAAGAUUUGGAGGGUCUUCGAGUAGGAAAUCAAAACCAACUUUAAGAAAGCCCGAAAUGUCCACAUCUAGCAAUACGUCAAAUAGCAUAGGGUACAGAAAGCGAGGAUUGUCAGAUCCACAAACUGGCAACAGUGAUAACAUAAGUUGCAACUCUGAUGCUCGAAAGCCUCGAAGGAAGAGGAGACCUAAGAAGAAAAAACAGCAGGUAUGAGAAGCUGGUUGAUGAUUAUGCAGUACUUAAAGAUUUUGAAAGCUUUGUCUUAACCAUUGAUAGUCUUCUCCUUCUUCUUCCCAAUCAUAGAAGGCAGAUGGGAUCAUUCGCAGUUGGUGUUCUGUUGUGCAAAAAGUUUCAUUUCCGUAAAUGACUUGUCUGUUCAAGAUCUGUUUUUAACUAAUCAAUUUUUAUCUUGAAAUCGUGGUAUACUUUGUUUGCCCUUGUAA